UGUCGGUGAUGGAAAAGAACCCCCCAAGGAAUUCCAACCUUUUAGUAUGGUUUUUCAGGUCGAUGCUGUCGGGGAGAUAGUCUCCAGUGCUUCAGUUCCACUGGAAGCCGCCUAUGGUCCUCAUCCAAGAUUGCAGCCACCAAUCGUCUGCAUAUUCAAUCACACUUUCCAUGGGAACGAAAAAAAGGUACGGCAUGGAAGCGAAAAGGAUGUCGAAGCGUUGUUCAAAACCUUCGGCAAUCUAAAAUGUCAGGUGGAAGAAGUUAAGGAUCCCAAAAAAUCCGACAUUAAGGAGAAAAUUGCGAAUUUAUCUCUAAAAAAUUUCAACCACCUGUCUGGUGUGGUCAUCGUCAUCUUGAGCCAUGGCGGCCGAAAAGAGAAGAUCGAAACGUGCGACCAACAAUUUUACGACUUGGAUGACGAUGUUCUGUUUCCACUCUUCAGAAAUAAAACCCUAAUCGGCAAGCCGAAAAUCCUAAUAGUCCAGGCGUGCAAGGACUACAUGCAUAGACUGCAAGCGGAUUCUUCGAUAAUUGAUCCAGUUCACUCAUACUAUAUCAAAUGCUACAGCACUUCCGAGGGUUUGCAAAGCUUUCGCCACACACUUGAGGGUUCGUUUUACAUACAAGCCUUGUGCAAUGAAAUGGAUCAACAUGCCCUUACCAAGGACUUCAAGGCAAUUGUUGAGGAUGUAAACGUGAAGGUCCAAAAUGAUUGUGAAAAAACCGGAAAACAACAAGUACCAGCAAUAACUGUGUCAGCAUGGACACCAUUCUGCUUUGGAGAUUAUGUGGAGCACGUUUCUUAGAGGAUUGGAUGGCGGAUUUAUAACAAGAACACUUUCUCCAUGCAACUACACCUGACAACUACAUUUUUCUGUCGCCUCUUCGGAGGAAAUAAAGAACAAAUGGAUGACUAAGA